AUGUCUCACGCAAGUGCUUUAUCCAACGAUGAGCGCCCCUUAGCCGAGUCCAUCAACGCCGCAACUCGGGGAGUCCAUGCGCAGCUCAACAGGCUCAUCAUGGCUCGUCUGCCCCUGGCUUUACCACCUCAUGUUCAGGACCCCUCUAUCUACCUAUCCGGCCUCCUUCAUAUUACCCCAAUAUACAGCGCCUUUGAGUCUGCCUGGCAAACCCUAUUACGGCCUCUCACCGCACCCGAACCAUCUCUGCGCCCUGAGCCCGCCAUCGACGAACGCACCCGCUCCCUUCUGAGCCGUCUCUAUCUACCAGCCCUCAUGCGCUCCGGCCAGCUGCGUGCCGAUAUCUAUACCCUCACCGGUUGGGCCCCCCAUCACAUAGAAGAGCAACUUGCUGUGGUUUCUCAGAGCGGCCCCUUGGCCGAAUUUACUCAACAUAUCUCUUCCACCAUUCGUGAACGUCCUCACGUCCUUCUCGCUUACGCUCACACAUUAUUCAUGGCUCUCUUCGCCGGCGGUCGCUUCAUCCGCUCAAUACUGGAAUCUGUUCCCGGAGACACCUUCUGGUCCAGCCCCUGCUCGGACGCUCAGCUCGAUGUGACUCCUACUAUGAGCUACCCAUCCCAAUCACGACCUCCCGGGGCGAUAUUCAGCGCGACACAUCAGGAGCGGGAUGCUGACCUUCUCCCCCUCGCCUUUUUUCGCUUCUCUCCCCCUACCAACGGGGAGAAUCUCAAAGGGGAGUUCAAGGAGCGGCUUGCCUCUGUAGAGUCUCUUCUCACUCCCAGCGAGCGCCACGACAUCGUACAAGAAGCUAUCUGCAUUUUUGACAACAUGCUCUCCCUUGUCGCUCACCUCGACUCAUUGUGCGGGACCCCGGGGCUCGAUGAUGCCCCUGUGUCGGGAAAAAGGGGCUUUGAUGGAACCAGUACUUCAUCGACCUUGGAUACUUCGAAGAGCUCAGAGAAGUUCUCUUGGGACCCCGUCAUCCUUCCAACUCGUGGCCAUUCCCAGAAAUAUUACAUCCCAGACCAUAUCCAGUACUGGGAAACGCCCUGA